AUGUUUCCUUCCUUUUACAUGAUUUCAUGUUCCUCGUUUUUCUUCCAUUGUUUCGCCAUCGCCCUCUCCAUUCCUUCCUUUCUUUCGCCAACUCCUACCUUUUUCUUUGUUUUUGGAAAAAUCCCUCAUGAUUUUCCCAAACGUCACUAUACCUUAUUUCUUUCUCUAACUUGCGCUCUAUCUCUCUCUCUCGUUAUUUCCUCCUAUCUCUUAUCUCUCGUUAUUUCCUUCCUAACAUUUUCUUCACUCCUUGCUCCCCGUCGUUAUUUUCCCUUGCCUAACUUAUUUCUUGUUAUUUCAUUUCCAUUCUUGCUCCAUGAUAUUUCAUUCACUUCCUUGCUCCCCGUCGUUAUCUCAUUCCCUUGCCUGCUCCCCGUCGUUAUCUCAUUCACUUCCCUGCUCCCCGUCGUUAUCUCAUUCCCUUGCCUGCUCCCCGUCGUUAUCUCAUUCCCUUCCCUGCUCCCCGUCGUUAUCUCAUUCCCUUCCCUGCUCCCCGUCGUUAUCUCAUUCACUUCCCUGCUCCCCGUCGUUAUCUCAUUCCCUUUCCCUGCUCCCCGUCGUUAUCUCAUUCCCUUUCCUGCUUCGUUAUCUCAUUCCUUCCCUGCCCCCGUCGUUAUCUCCCCUGUCGUUAUCUCAUUCCCUUUGCUCCCCUGUCGUUAUCUCCCUUCCCUGCUCCCCGUCGUUAUCUCAUUCCCUGCUCCCCGUCGUUAUCUGCUCCCCGUCGUUAUCUCAUUCCUUCCCUGCUCCCCGUCGUUAUCCCCCUUUCCCUGUCCCCGUCGUUAUCUCAUUCCCUUCCCUGCUCCCCGUCGUUAUCUUUCCCUUCCCUGCUCCCCGUCGUUAUCUCAUUCGUUAUCUCAUUCCCUUGCCUUCCGUUAUCUCAUUCCUUGCCUGCUCCCCGUCGUUAUCUCAUUCACUUCCCUGCUCCCCGUCGUUAUCUCAUUCACUUCCCUGCUCCCCGUCGUUAUCUCAUUCACUUCCCUGCUCCCCGUCGUUAUCUCCCCUUCCUGUCCCCGUUUAUCUCAUUCACUUCCCUGCUCCCCGUCGUUAUCUCAUUCCCUCCCUGCUCCCCGUCGUUAUCUCAUUCCUUCCCUUCCCCGUCGUUAUCUCAUUCCUUCCCUGCUCCCCGUCGUCGUUAUCUCCCCGUCGUUAUCUCAUUCACUUCCCUGCCCCGUCGUUAUCUCAUUCCUUCCAUGCUCCCCGUCGUUAUCUCAUUCACUUCCCUGUCGUUAUCGUUAUCUCAUUCCCUUUCUUGCUCCCCGUCGUUAUCUCAUUCCCUUCCCUGCUCCCCGUCGUUAUCUCCCCUUGCCUGUCCCCGUUUAUCUCAUUCCCUUGCCUGCUCCCCGUCGUUAUCUCAUUCCCUUCCCUGCUCCCCGUCGUUAUCUCAUUCCCUUCCCUGCUCCCCGUCGUUAUCUCAUUCCCUUCCCUGCUCCCCGUCGUUAUCUCAUUCCCUUCCCUGCUUCGUUAUCUCAUUCACUUCCUGCUCCCGUCGUUAUCUCAUUCACUUCCCUGCUCCCCGUCGUUAUCUCAUUCCCUUCCCUGCUCCCCGUCGUUAUCUCAUUCCCUUUCUUGCCCCCACCCCCCGCCGUUAUUUCUUUCUCUAACUUCAUCUCUCUUUUUCUUUUCUUAGCUUUCCUCCCCCUAAAUUCCUGCCUUUCUUUUCUUUCCCUCAGUUUCUACCUUUCGUUUUCUAUCUUUCCUCCCCUCAAUUUCUGGCCUUCGUUUCUUUCUAUCUUGCCCUUAAUUUCUGGGCGCCGCCUUUUUAUUUCCAUCACUUUCCGGAUUUCGUGUCUUUCUUGA